AUGUUCGCUAACGUUGUAAUUCCACUCAAGUUCAACAUACUCCAAAGCCGGCGAAGAGCUUUGGCACAACUUAGCUCCGAGCUGAGACUCGUCGGCCUCUCUCCACGAGCAUAUGGCUACGCAUCCUCCAACGGUGCGCUUAAUCAUUUUGGCGAGUCGCCCGGUGUCAAGUAUGCGACAAUUCACGCCGAUGCCAUGAGAGCCGUAUCCCACAAUUCUCAUAACGAUUGGAGUCUCCGAAUUCUCUUUCCUGAUGAAGCCCAUGGCAAAGUUCAAACUACACUGCGCAAAGUUCCCCAUCGCAAGCUUUUCGAUCGCGCCAUAAACUACGAACAAGCGCAUGCUGUCAAUGAUAUAUGCACUAACGUAUAUGGAACUGUGCCUUACUUGAUCAGUGGACCGCCAGGCACAGGAAAGACAAAGACUCUGGUAGAGACGGUAAUGCAACUGUUGAACACUACAGAUGUCGGACACACACUUUUAUGUGCUCCAUCAGAGGCUGCGGCGGAUACACUCGCCCUCAGGCUGAAGGAAUAUCUCUCACGAAAAGAACUAUUUCGACUCAACCGGCCAGGAAGGGCUGAUAACGAGGUACCGCGGGAGCUAUUACAGUACUGCCAUAUCGAAAACGAUAUGUUCUGUUUACCACCAUUCCGGGAGCUCAUGGCUUUCAACGUUGUAAUUACUUCUUGUCAAGACGCGGCAAUACUCGCAGAAGCAAGAAUGACCAACAAUGACCUCUGGACCAUACAAAGGAACAUGCUGUCAGCUUUCAACCCGGACGACGAAAUCCCCAAUCCGAACCUACACUGGAGCGCCCUGUUCAUAGACGAGGCAGCUCAAGCUACUGAAUUAGACAUCUUGCCUGCCAUUAGCGUUGUAUGCCCACCAUUCACGUAUCCGGCCUUAUUGCCCCAACCACGCUUAGUGAUGGCAGGAGACGAGAAGCAGCUGGGACCACGAACCGCAUCCCGCGACCUUCGAGUACGCAAGUCGUUAUUCGCUCGGCUUUUCCAACGACCACUAUACGAAAACCACCCUCUCUCACGCUCCAAGAUCAAGCCUUCGUCUGGCCCACCAGUACUAAGGCAGUCGAUGUUACCGAUUAUAUACCCACCAUUCACGUUACUAGUCCGAAACUACCGUUCUCAUCCCGCCAUCCUCAGCGUACCAAGCACUCUCUUCUACAACAACACAUUGAUCCCAGAAGUCCCUCUACCAAACACCCCACUUCAGCAGUCUGAUCUCUGGUGCGGUCGCAAAUGGCCCGUCUUAUUCAUCCCACACACUGGCCUCGAUGAAAUCGAACGCGACAACGGGGGCUGGUACAACGUCUCCGAAGCACGUAUCGCCUGCAACAUAGCCCAAACCGUCCACCGCUAUUCCUCCGUCAAGCAAUCAGACAUAUGCAUCAUGUCACCCUUCGCCGCACAAGUCAAACUCCUUCGUUCGCGGAUCCGUUCAUCCGAGUAUGGCAGAGGUGCAGGACUGUGGGACGUCAACAUCGGACCAUUGGAAGCAUUCCAAGGACUCGAGAAACGCGUCGUCAUUUUAUGUACGACACGAGCAAGAAAGAGGUUCCUGGCUAAAGAUCGAGAGAUGGGCUUGGGUAUUGUGGGAGAAGAGAGGAAGAUGAAUGUCGCUCUUACGCGAGCGAAAGAAGCACUCUUUGUGAUAGGCAACGUCGAGGUUCUGGAGCAAGAUCAGCAUUGGCGACAGUGGCUGGCGUUUUGUUGGCGGAACGGGUUGGUUGGCGAUGAGAAGGGGGGUUGGGAUGGGAGUACAUUAGUGCAAGAAGGGGGAGAGGGGAAGUAUAAGGGGAAGGCGUUGGGGGCUGGGGUGGGCACGGAGGAUGUGGGCGAGUAUGAUGCUUGGGUUGAGAGUCUGAGGCAGACGCUUGGGGAGGGGGGUGAGGAAGACGAGGGGACAGCUGUUGUAGAGGGUGGUGAUACGGUCGGUGGGGCUGAGGAGGAAGAGGUUGUGACGAGGACUAGUAAUCUAGUGUCAAACCUUUACGAGGAUGAUGACGGUUUGGAGCGGGACGCUGCCUCUACUGGAGGAGCGAGAAAGUAAGAAGACACGGAGAAGUGUACGCUUAUCACUGUGGUACUACAUAUGGAGCCCUAUAUGGUUAGCAGAAAUUGUUGGUAAGCUGC